AUGGAAAACCAAACAGAAGAAAACAAAUUCAUCUUAAUGGGUUUGACCAGUCACUCCAAUUUUCAGUAUCUUCUAUUUACAAUCUUCCUGCUUUUGUAUCUGGCUACAUUAGUGUGGAAUGGUGCUAUUAUUGUUAUACUUUUAUCUGUACCACACCUUCACACUCCCAUGUAUUUUUUUCUUGGAAACCUUUCCUGCCUUGAUAUUUUCUUUUCAACAGUCACUGUACCAAAUAUGCUAGCUGGAUUUCUUUCAAAGCUGCACACAAUAUCCUUCAAGGGCUGCAUGGUCCAGCUGCACUUUUUCCAUUUCUUGGGAAGUAGCGAAGUCAUUCUGCUUGGAAUCAUGGCUUAUGACCGCUAUGUUGCAAUAUGCAAUCCUCUGCGGUACACGGUCAUCAUGAGAAAAGAGGUUUGUCUCCUAAUGGCAACAGCUGCCUGGUGCACUGGAUUUUUCCAUGCUUUGAUGCAUGCAAUGGUGACUGCUCACCUCCCCUUUUGUGGAUCAAAUCACAUCGAACACUUUUUCUGUGACAUCAAGCCUUUGUUGAAACUGGCCUGUGGUAGCACAUACCUCAAUCUUAUGCUCCUCAGUAUUGUGACCACUUGUAUUGUUAUGGGUCCUUUUAUUUUCAUAAUCCUUUCCUACCUCUAUAUUAUUACUUUUCUUCUUGUAAAGGUUAAGACCCGAAGUGGUUGGCAAAAAGCCUUCUCUACCUGUGGAUCCCAUCUAACUGUGGUGGCUUUACUUUAUGUUCCUGUAUUAUUUAAUUAUAUGAUUCCCACUGUGGGUAAUUCAUCAAAACAGGAUAUGAUAAUAACCCUCAUAUAUAGUGCAAUUACCCCAGUUUUAAACCCACUUAUUUAUACACUGAGAAAUCAGGAGGUUAAACUAACAAUGAAGAAAAUGUGGAGAAAACAACAACCUAUUUUUGUGUAA